AUGUCGGAUUCAGUGGAUCGUGUCUUCGUCCAUGCCCUUAACACGGUGAAACGCAUUCCCCGCACGGGGACCGCUAGACCGCCGGCGUCGGAGAGAUUGAAGCUUUAUGGCUUGUAUAAGCAGAGCAUGGAAGGCGAUGUUGAAGGCGUCAUGGAUCGACCGGUCGGGAAUACCGCGGAUGUGUUUAUGGAGUGUGAGAAAUGGUAUACUUCCCCCCUUCUUCUACUCUAUGCGAUCGAAGCCAAACGACGCUACAUCUCCACCCUCAUCGAAACCAUGCAUAACUACGCUUCCCAAACAGCCGAGGCAAGGGAACUCGUCGCAGAAUUGGAAUUCGUCUGGGAUCAGAUCAAAUCCAACCCGUCUUCGUCGUCUAUGUCGUCGUCUCAGGGCCUGGGGAGUCCGGUGGCUUCGGCGGCAGCGGUGUCCAUACGGGAUCAUGCACGGAUUCAGCAGCAGCAUCAGCAGUUCCACCAGUCUAGUAAUAGAUUGACUCGUCCGGAGUAUGAGCAGUUACUUGCUACCACGGCUAGAGGGAGAGGGAGUGAGAGAUUACGGGUGUUGAGUCCGGUUAGUCAGGCGGAGUCGGGGUUUCGACGACAGAUGGAGGAUGAACCACCUGAAGAGGAAGAAGACGAGGAGGAAGAGGAGGAAGUGUACGCAGAAGCGCAAGAUAAUCUAUUCGAAAAUGAAGACGACAACGACGAAGAAGAAGAAGAACAUAUGGAGGAAGAAGAAGACUACAACAACAACACUCACGACCGUCACGAAUCGCAUGACUAUCAUCAACAACAACAAGGGUACAACUUCCCUUCCCACCAGGAGGAAGACUACGAUCACGAUACUACCCUAAGUCGAAGACAACGACGACGACCACCACAACCACCCCCGGACGACUCCAAACGCUGGCGUCGCACCGUCGAGCAGGCCUUGACGACCAUGACCGCCGAGAUCGCCGCCGUGCGAGAACAACUGGAAGCGCGAGCGCUAGCCCAUCGUCGACGAACAGGCCUGUGGGCCUGGUUAAAGUGGUUGGUUUGGGUCGCUGCACGGCAGAUCAUGGUCGAUUUGGCGUUGCUCGGUAUGCUUCUGAUCUGGAUGAGGCUGCGGGGAGAUCGCAGGUUAGAGGAGAAGUUGAAGGUGGGUUGGGCGGAGGUGAAGACAAGGUUGGUCUUCUUGAUGCUGUUUAGGAGGGUUAGGAGGGUAGUGGUGUCCGCAUCUCCUACGUCUUCAUCUUCAUCUUCAUCUUCGUCUGGUGAUAAGGCCUCCUGA